AUGGGAGAUGAUGACAAUUCUCAAGGACGUGAUAAAGGUCUUGAGAUGAAGAAGGACAUACGAUGUCUGAUGCUAUCAUCGACCAACUACACCGUAUGGUCGAUGCGAAUGAAAGUGAUGCUUCGUUUAUACGAUGUUUGGGAUACGAUUGAUCCAGGGAGCGAUGAUGCAAAGAAGAACAAUAUGGAAGCUAUCAAAUCCCGUAACCUAGGUGCUGAUGGCAUGAGAGAAGCGAGGUUACAGACUUUAAUAUCUGAGUUCGACAAACUGAAGAUGGCAGACACAGACACGGUGGAUGACUACGCAGGAAAACUUUCAGGCAUAGCAUCGAGAGCAGCCGCGUUAGGGGAGAUAAUGGAAGCAUCAAAGAUGGUAAAGAAGUUUUUGAAGGGACUUCCAAGAACGAAAUUCAUUCACAUCGUAGCUUCAUUAGAACAAGUGUUGGAUCUAAAUUCAACGGGGUUCGAAGAUAUUGUUGGGAGAUUGAAGGCUUUCGAAGAACGCAUCAAAGAAGAAACCCAAGAUGAAGGUCAAUCGAAGCUCAUGUUUGGAAAGAAUGAUAUGCAAGGUAGUGGAAGCCAUAACAACUCGUGA